CCUAUUUCUUGUUUCGUUACUCAAAUAUAUUAUUUGGUUUUUACGUUUCUUAUUGCUAAUCCUGACCUGCAACAGAAACAUAAAAAUGGAAGAACAGAAUAUCAACCUUGAAACCUGAACAAACAACUCAACAGAAGCAGACACCAAAAAAGAAAGAAUUCGAAACCCAUAAAAUCUUGUGCAAUUCUUUCAAAUCAGAAUAACUAUAGAGGAAAGAAGAGACAUAUAUAAUCAUUCGAAUUUGCAGAGUGAUUAACUAACAAAAAUAGUUAUGGAGGAGACGAAGCAGUCAUUGAUAGCAUCGUUGCCGGCGGCACCAAGAAAACCAAAGUCGAAAGUAGAGAGAGUUGUGAGGAAAACAUUCAAAGGAACAGCUCAUCUAUCAAAUCUGCUCCCGACCGGUUCGGUAAUGAGUUUUCAAAUAAUGUGUCCGGUCCUAACCCAUCAAGGUCAGUGUCCCACCAUCACCAGUCGAUGGCUCACCUGCUUCCUCGUCUCCCUAUGCGCCAUCUCUUGCUUCCUCUUCUCCUUUACCGACUCCAUCAGAGACCCAAACGGCAAGGUUAGGUACGGAUUGGCAACGUGGAGUGGGCUAUGUGUGAUAGAUGGAUCGAUUACUCUAACGGAGGAGGAGAGGGAAAAGUAUAAGCUCAAGAUUCUUGAUUUUGUGCACGCAAUCAUGUCAAUGCUCGUCUUCUUCGCAGUCUCCAUGUUUGAUCAGAACGUAACCCGUUGUUUAUUUCCUGUUCCUUCCGAGGAAACCAAGGAGAUUCUUACCAGUUUACCUUUUAUCAUCGGCAUCAUUUGUGGUGCCUUCUUCCUCGCAUUCCCCACACGCCGUCAUGGCAUCGGAUCUCCCCUUACCAAAGAAUAGUUUCAUACUCUAGACAUGAAAAUGCAGAAACUUUUGUAAAACAAAAGAUUUGUGAUCUUCAAUUUUUGUUUAUGGAAGACAUGUACCAAAUCUUGAAAUAACUAUUCUUUAAAAAGAAGACUUGUUUAACAACACGAAAUUAAUGAAGAGGGAGAGAAUUCCCUAUA